AUGGUGUGUUUCAGAUCAUUAAAUUCUUUAAUACUUUUAACAAUUUUUUUUUUAUUAAAUUUGGGCUCUUGUGAUUUUAAAAUAUAUCAUGCUGAUGAUUUCCCAGUACAAGCAUGUCAAGGAUUAAUUGGUAAAACUGCAAAUUUUUUCAAAAAUGCUACUGCAGAAGCUAAAACUGGUUAUUGUAAAAUUAAAAAUCAACCUGCUUUAGGUACAAUGGUUCAAUGUAUUGAAGUUUUAAAUAAAGAAAGAAAUUCAAAUAGUAGAAAAUUAUUUUUGAAAAGUUGUAAAAAAUCUAAUUUAACUGAAGCUUUAUAUAUGGAAGCUUUACAAAAUGCAACAAGUUUUGGAUUUGUUAAUGUUACAACAGAUAAAAGUUUUAAUAAAACUAAACCAUAUUAUAAACCAGUACUUAUAAAGGAAAAAAAAAUUAUAGCUGCUUAUGAUUCAACUGCUACAAGAUGGUAUGGAUAUAAUUAUGGUCAUUGGUUUGGUAUGUCAUUAAUGUUAUAUUGGAUUGGUAUAGUUUUAAUUGCAGGAUUUAUAAAUUUAACAUAUUUUAUUGCACCAAAUUUUGUUAAAUCAUUGAAAGGUAAAAUUAUAAAUGGAUUUAGAUCAUAUAUUACUUUACCUGCAUUAUUUAAUAAAACACAUGCACAUCAUAAAACAAUUACAAAGCAUGUUCAUAUUAUGUUUCCAACAAGAAUUGAGACUUUAAUUAUGUUGGGUUGGUUUAUAAUGGCAUUAACAUUUUGUUGUACAAAUUAUGUUCAUGUUUCUCCCAAUUCAAUAUGGCCACAAGUUUGGAAUGAAAUGGGUAGAAAAAUUGCUGAUAGAACUGGAUUAAUUGUUAUUUGGCAAAUGCCAAUUUUAAUAUUAUUUGCUGGUAGGAAUAAUUUUAUGCAAUGGAUUACUGGGUUUUCAUAUGCAAGAUUUAUUUAUUUUCAUAAAUGGAUUGCAAGAAUAGUAUUUUGUAUUUCAAUAGCUCAUGCUGUUGGAAUGACUUUUAAUGGUAGAGGUAUUGGUAAAUAUGAUUUAAGAUUUGCUCAAGCUUAUGUUAGAUGGGGUACUGUUGCAUUAGUUUGUUUUGGAUUAAUGAAUUUUCAAGCUUUAAUGAUUUUUAGAAGAACCAAUUAUGAAUUGUUUUUAUUAUUUCAUAUUUUAUUGGCUGUUUUUGCAGUUGCUGGUUUAUGGAUUCAUGUUGGUGAUCAAGAGUUAGAUCAAUGGAUGUAUUGUGCUGUUGCUAUAUGGGUAUUUGAUAGAGUUGUUCGAAUUUCAAAAUUAAUUGUAUUUGGUAUUAAAACAGCUCAAGUUCAAUUAAUUGCAAAUGAAACUAUUAAAGUAUCAGUUAAAAGACCAAGUUAUUGGAAACCAUUUCCAGGUUGUCAUGCUUUUAUUCAUUUUUUAAGACCAACAUGUUUUUGGCAAUCACAUCCUUUUACUAUUGUUGAUUCAAUUGAAUCAGAAAAUACUAUAACUUUCUAUUUAAAAGUUAAAGGUGGUAUGACUCAUGGAUUAUAUUCAUAUUUAUCAAAACAACCAGAUCAAAAAGCUUCAAUAAAAGUUUCAAUUGAAGGACCAUAUGGUAAUCCAAUUUCAUUAAAUAGAUUUGAAAAUAAUUUAUUUAUUGCAGGUGGUAAUGGUAUACCAGGAAUAUAUUAUGAAGCUAUUGAUAUAGUUAGAAAAUUGGGUGAAAAAAGAAGAAUAAAAUUAUAUUGGGUUAUAAGACAUUAUGCAUCAUUAGAAUGGUUUUAUCAGGAAUUAUUAAACUUGCAACAAUAUUCAAAUAAGAUGGAUAUAAUUAUGUAUAUUACUCAACCACAUUUAGGUUUAACAGAACCAAUAACAACUGAUUUUACAGAUGAUGAAAUUGAACAAGAAGAAGAAGAACAAGAAGAAGAAGAAAAAAAUAAAUCAGAUUCUGAUUUUAGUGAAGAAAAUUAUCACAUUGCAAAAUUGAAAAAACAAUUAAAUUUUAUUGAAUUUAAAGAUGGUAAACCAGAUUUUUAUACUAUCGUUGGUGAAGAAAUUAAAGAGACUGAUGGUCCAUUAGGUAUAGCAUCAUGUGCUCAUGGUUCAAUGGUUGAUGAUGUUAGAAAAUCAGUUGUUGAUCAUUUAAAUGAUUCACCUUACAGAAUAGAAUUAUUUGAACAAAUGCAAAGUUGGUAA